ACGUGGGCGUUGGUAAAAGCAAAAUGGCUGCCAGUACCAACUAAAAAGAUUCACUGUAGUGAAGAAAAGGAUAGACUGGGUACCUAGAAUGGAGGAUUUGCAGUCACGUGACUCUCACGUGAUCCCUUUCUCCACUAAUCCUUUUGAUGAUCUUGAAGAUGAGGAAGAAGCCGAAGAUGAUCAGUUGGCCACGCCCAUAAUCAAUGACCACGCCCACAAAGACAAUAACCCAUUCUCCUCCUCAUCGACUGACCUUGACCUCAUGACGGAACACUGGGAAGAACUCUCUGACCUCUUGGAGUCUCCGAUAUCGAACCCGUUUGCAUUACAAGAAUUCCAGCAGCACCUGGUAUCAAUCACUCGUAUAAUUGAGGGGGAGGAGCCUAUCAGUCAGCAGACCACGCCCUGUAUUGAGCUACUACUGAGCGAAAACAUUCUUGAGAAACUUUACCUGUUCUCUACCAAACAGCGUAACUACCUCUCCGAUAUACGUCAGUCUUUACUGGUACUAUUCAAGUCACUGCUCUCUCGUCCUGGUCAGCCAUUGUUCAUUCACCAGCAGGUCCUACGCCCACUCAAUAGAUUGUUAAGAGUCUGUGAAACGGCUAAAGACGACAAACUCAGUCUAUCCAUUUUAUGUCUUCUUCAUCAGAUUUGUUUAUUAAUUCAAGAGAAUGAGACAUGUCUUGAUCUGUUCUUUACCUAUGGAGGAGGUCAGGUCCCGUCAAAGUUCUUCAUCUUCUCUCACCUGGUGUCUCAUAUUCAUGAUGGAGGAGAAGGAGGGGCUAGAGCUAGGGACGCCAUGUUGUUCUGUUUAUCUGUCGCUGAGAGAUCCUCCUCCUCUAGUUUGUGUGACUUUAUAGUCAGUGACACUGAUUUCUGUCAGGUAUUGGCAACUGGUUUGAGUGGUUUAUAUUCCUCCCUCCCGGUGUCAGUGCCACUGGUUGACAGUGAGUGGGUCUCUCCUCUCAAUGAGUUGGAGGCAUCAGUGCCGGAACUUAAGAACUUUAUGCAAGCACUUUCAUACUGCAACUCUGUACUCCAGAUGGCUCCUUUAUUAAUUUGUCAAGCUGUUUCUUCGCUAAUUAAAAACGGGUUUUUAAAACAAGUUCUUGGUCCAGCGAUACUACAAGCUUCAACUGACGAGGCUGCUGUUGCCAUUGGUUACCUGUGUAUAUUUCUAAACAACAUCACCAACCCGUCGUUAAUGAAGAUAUUUUUACAGUUCCUGAUGACAGGAGAGAGUGACGGAAGGAAUGUCUGUAACAUAGUAAUACAAUACAUUAAUAAUAAUAUUAACAAUAAGUUAGUUGCAAUGUCUCUCGAGUUAUUUUAUAUUUUAAUUAACUUAAACUGCGAGGACGUGUUGCUAUGGUUACUGCUCCAACACCUGUUGCUAGGCAACCACAUACCCCCGGCCCAGUUGCCCUCUGUAAAAGUCCGAGACCACUACUGCGUGGGCCCCAAGAGAUUACUUGAAAUGAUACCUUCCUGCUGCUCCAAAGCCGAAGAACUGUACUUGGAAUCAAUUUUAAAAUCAUCACCUCAGGCCAGCCGAGACUCCUCCCCUCUCAGGGACACACCCUCUUUAACGGACACGCCCACACGAUUAGACUCUCCCGUCCUUGACUACAGAGACUCUCCGACUAGCAUGUCCAGCAAUAGCUCAAGCACUGCCUUUGUUACGACCACACCCAUUGAUUCUCUAAUUAAUGCCCAAGAGGUAGUUUUUGAAUACAUGAGUCCUCAAGAGUCUUACUAUAACUACCUGCUUGAGAGCCGGGCCGCUAUUGCUGAUUGCGCAAGAUCCUGUAGGGUGUGGUCUAGUUGCUAUAGUAACUGUGUGACUAGAGACAAUGGCCCCGCCCCUAAGGGGGACGAUGGUUCAAUGGUGAGUGACACUGGUCCGUUACUAGUCCCAACACUAACUAAUGGAUUGAGUGAUGGGGAGGGAUUGUCCCCCAUCAGGAGGAGGAGGAGUAACUCACUUUAUGUACAUAAUAAUGAGAGGUUUAAUGACCAGGUUGGUUUGUUUAUGAAGGUUCUAAUGGAGAGGCUCUCCCAGUAUUUAUCCAACCCUCCGUUAAUUAAUGAGUUGUUAAUUAAACUAAUAACAAGACUAGCUCAUUACCCACAGCCGCUGAUAAGGUCCUACCUACUCAACCACCACCUGAUCUUCAAGCCAGGGAUUCCUAACCUACUUCAAGUUCUUCAAGGUAUUAAGGUAUCAAUAGAUUCUUUAGCGAAGGAAAGAGCUGAGAGUUUCCCCUCCAGAUUAGGACGAGCGAGAAAGACUCUGAUAUUCCAAGCAGCUGUUACUAAUGGAAGCAUCAGUGAGGAGACUGCAGCUGCUAUAUCAGCACAAUUCAGAUCAAGAUCAGACUCACACCUUUCAGACACUCCAUCAAAAGACAAUGAAACGACAAAUAACAAAGAUGAGCCGGUUUCAAGGCGUAGGGCCCUCACUGAAACUGGUAGGAGGAGAAUAAAGAAGAGACACAAGGUAACCAUUAACAUGGUAUUCUCUAUUGUCAUGUUUGGUGAGUGGAUGAAGGAACUAGCUUCGUUAGCUCAAGAGCACUCUGUCGUCAAUCCUGAACUACUGAUCAUCAAUGAAUGAAUAUUGCUAUCCUUUUUUUAAUUUUGUGUUUCAAUAAUUAAUUAUUGUUUAAUAGACGUUAUUUUUUAUAAUUAUAGAAAAUCAU